ACAAGUCGGUUGUUUUCCAUCAUAUGGCUUACUGGCAACUGGCAAAAUAGAAGAAUAGCUAGGGGAGACGCCGGCCUAAGCGAUAAACAAGAGUACUUUUUCUUGUUUUCAACUACAACUCCCUUAAUAUAAAUUGACAAAACUUGAGAAAUUAUCGUCUCCGUUUUUUCUCCUAAAUCAGCUUUCCAAAUGAAGAACAAGUUUUUCCUCUGUUUUCGACCUAUUGAUGUUGCAGAGGACUCUCUUGUUCGCAACCAUGGUGUUGAUCAUCACUCUUCUUCAAGAAAAAAACAUUAUAAAGAAAAUACAACUCGGAAAACAAAAGUUAAGAGAAGGAGUAGUAGAAAAGACAAGUCAAUAUCAAAAGCAAGCUCUUCAUCGUCUGAACUUUCUUAUUCAACUUCAUCUUUAUCAUCAACUACAUCAUCUUCUUCUUCUUCUAUAGAAGAUGACUUAUCAAGAUCAAACUCAAACUCAUACGAGCAGAAAGAAGCUAAAAAUGGUUCAGCUGAAUGUGACAAAUUAGUCAUGAAUUUUAGCUCGUUUUGUUUGUAUUUUUUUGUUUUCAUUUUAUUUUGCCUCAUCUAUAUUGGUAGGGUUUAUUCAAUAGUCGCAACGUCAUUAGGGCUUUUAGUUUUCUCCUUAUUCGGACGCUGGAAAUCGGAAAAUCCUAUGCCGCAGUUGCCGGAAAUAUUGAAGUAAGAAAACAGAGAAAGAAAUCCCUCUGUACUCAGCAUGGUACAACAACGUUUAAUUUCUGAGUUUUUUUCAAUUAAUUGAGUAAGUUUCUUCUAGGUUUUGUACACUAUCUUUUGCCGUGAAAAUCUCAGGCAUCAGAAAAAAGAAGAUAAAGGGGUUGAAGACUUCA